GGAGCGCCGACCCAACGGUCGGAGCGCGCGGCGGUUUCGAGCGCGGUGAUGACGACGCUCUCCAGUCUGUGGUCCCCGAGCAUCCAAGAGCGGCCAGGGAGGCAAGAGGGACAAGCGGACAGCUCCCACUCACUUUUGGUCUUUCUCCCAAGAAUGAAGAUGCUUCUGCUUGGUAUCUGGAUCCUGCUGGCCUUGAUGUCUUGUCCUGGGACCACAGAAGAGCUGUUUGAAGUGUCUGUGUGGCCACCCCGGGCCCUGGUGGAGUUUGGACAGUCCCUGACUGUCAACUGCAGCACUACCUGCCCAGACCCUGGGCCCAGUGGGGUCGAGACCUCCUUCAAGAAGAGCCAGCUGGGCAAAGGGCCUCAGUGGAAGGAGUUUCUCCUGGAGGGUGUCACGGAGAACUCCGUCCUGCAGUGCUUCUUCUCCUGUGCGGGGGUCCAGAAGGACACAACGCUCCCCAUCACCAUCUACCAGCCACCAGAGCAGGUGAUCCUGGACUUGCAGCCCGAGUGGGUGGCCAUGGAGGAAGCUUUCACAGUGACGUGUCAUGUGCCUAGUGUGGCACCCCUGCAGAACCUCAUCCUUACCCUUCUCCAGGACGACCAAGAACUAUACAGAAAGGAUUUCACGAGUUUAUCUGGGCCAUCCCAAAGUGCUGAGGUCACCGUCAAUGUCAGAGCCCAACGGGAGAGUGACAGGAGUAAUUUCUCCUGCCAUGCAGAACUGGAUCUGAGCCCGCAAGGUGGGGGGUUGUUUCAUGGUAGAUCAGCCACCAAGGAGCUCCGGAUCUUUGGUGAGUCAGAGUCCAGGCAUGAAGAGAACCCAGGGCCUGUUUUGGCCUUUGGGGACCCUGGUCCCACAGGUUUAGAAGAAUUCUCUCAGAGUCCCCAGAUCGGGGUGUCUUCACUCCUGGAGGUUGGGGUGGCAGAGACCAUGAACUGUGAGGUGGCCAGGGUGUUUCCCGCCCAGGAAGCUGUCUUCAGAAUGUUCUUUGAAGGCCAGGAGCUGAGCCCCUUCUCCUCCUGGAAGGGAGAUGCAGCGUGGGCCAGCGCCACCGUUCAGGCCAUGGAGACCGGUGACCAGGAGCUGACCUGCCUUGUGUCUCUGGGUCCCGUGGAGCAGAAAGUCAGGACACCAGUGCAUGUCUACAGUUUCCCUCCACCAGUCCUGGAGGUAGAAGAUGCUUACCCUCUGGCAGGGACGGAUGUUAAUGUGACCUGCUCGGGUCAUGCGUUAACAUCACCUAGCCCUACUCUUCGGCUUUGGGGAGCCUCAAACCUCUCUGCUCCUGGGGAGCCUGCCUGGCUUCAGUUUACUGCCAGGGAGGAAGAUGAUGGCCGGAAUCUCUCCUGUGAAGCGACUCUGGAAGUGCAGGGCCAGCGGUUGCUCAAAACCACCGAGAUCCAGCUUCAUGUCUUAUACAAGCCUCGGUUAGAGGAAUCCGGAUGCCCUGGCAACCAGAUAUGGGUAGAAGGGAUGGAUCAAAUGCUCGCCUGCAUCCCAGAGGGAAACCCCGCCCCAGCUUUGGUGUGUAUCUGGAAUGGGAUGAUCAUUGACCUUGAUGUACCCCAGAAGGCCACCCAGAACCGCACCGGAACCUACUGCUGCACGGCCACUAACCAGCUCGGCUCUGUCAGCAAAGACAUUGCUGUCGUCGUCCAAGGACUGCGUGAAGGGAUCGACCCCUCCACCAUCUUCGUCAUCAUCAUUUGCGCCCUUGGCAAGGCUGUCAUCCCCAUAGCACUCUACCUGAACUACCAGCCCUGCAAAAGAAACCGGAGGAAACGGGCCUCUAGGCAGCGAGAGCUGAGCAGAGACGAGGAGAGCCAGUUUGCUGACAUAAAGGCAGAAGAGUGUAACUCACAUCACUGCUGACCAGGGACAACUCUGCUUGAGUGACUUCAGCUACCAGCCUUUAACGGGGAGGAGGGAGGAAGAGACAGAUGUGAGGCUCCAUUCCCGUCCUGCACUGUCCCCUCAAACAGGGUUUCGGGGCCCCCUGUGGCUUGCACCAGUCCAUCGGGAGCUCGUCUUUCUCUUUUGAGUUUAUUCCGGUUUCUAGAAAUUUCAGUCUGAUUGUUGACCGGCGAUCGAGCCUCUCGCUCCUUGCUGUGUUUAACUGCCCACUCUUGAGACACAGAAGGCCCUGUCCUUGCCCCUCAUUCCCGCUGCUCACUCCUCAACCAGCAAAUGAGAAAGAUCAUCAGAAAUAUCCUGGGAUACAUUGCUCAGGGCUUCCUGAUGACUAACCAGGAACUUCUUUUGUGGUUCAGGGACAAGACGCCAUGGGGGUAGGUAGCAGAUAAAUGGGCAGGAACCGGAGCUCUACUCCCCUGUCCACACCCCCUACUCCCCAGACGGUACCCAAUGACAUCAUAAAAAGCUCUGGCUGAUUCAGCUUCACCCCAGGAAUGCUCUGCAACUUCACAUCGAGUCAGAGAAGUAGCUUAGCUACUUUAUAACCAACAAACCAUGCAGCACAAGAUGGCCUCAGACUUGUGAUCCCCCUGCCUCAGCCUCCUGAGUGCUGGGAUUAUAAGUGUAUACCAUCACCCCCUAACCUUUUUUUUUUGGGGGGGGGGGGCUUUAAAGUAAAAGGUAGAAUACUUCCAUGAAAUUGGUCUAAUAGGUCAAGGGCGUCGCACUCUGAAUUCCUUUUUGUAAAAGACUGAGUCCCACAUGUAUUCUCUGUCUCCACAAAGAAUUGCCUGUUUUCAUCUGCAAGUAAGUCCCCUGGGAAGGAGGUACAUAACUCCACAGCAGAGUGUGUGCCUAACAUGCAGAUGGGUCUCAGCUCUGUCACCACCCCCCAGUCCUCUGUGACAGUGUUAACCGUGUACUUUAACACUCCAGCUUCCUCCACAGCCCUUUGGAAGGAGUAUGUCCACCAUGGUGAAGGCCUGAGCAUCAAGCCAGGCCUCUCCUCCAGAGCUAUCAUGAACUGUUUGCUGAGAUGUUAGCUGUGAUAAAAAUAAAAUAGAUUUUUGUGAUA